AUGCGAAAUAAAAAUUUCCAAUCUUUUGAACCCUUCAAGACUUAUUAAUCUAUUAAAUUGAGCACUUUAAUCUAAGACAUCCAUUAAGCUGGAAGAAAUAUGUAUACUGAGUCUGAACAUACAUCCAAUUUUGAUUCUGCAUUGCCUUGUUUGAAGAAAGGCGAUUAAAGAAAGUUUGUUAAUCGCAUCUUUUAGAGUUAUGAGAUGGAAAAAAAAGUAGUUCAACAAGGACUUUUGACUCCGCAGCAUCUUAAUAAAUAUUUAUAACCAAGAAAAAAACAUUUCGAUUUGAAAAAAUAAAUAAACUUCUUAAAAAAAACUAAGUUUUAAACUUGUAUUUAGAAGCUUAGAGCUGCAAAUAUCAUAUUGAAUGGGCAAAAAAGCUAAUAGGGAAAAAAUGAGAUAAUCCAAGAAACAAUAGAGAGUAAAAAGGGUCAAUUGCAUGAUAUUGAGUUCAUCUAAAAAAUGAAUGAAUGUUAAUUGUAAUAAAGAAUGGGGAAACUGAUUAAAUUGAAGUCAGCACCAUUUUUAUUCAGUAAUCAAAUAACAGAAGGUUGA